GAAAAUUGGAGAAAGGAAAAAAUGCAUAACAACAAAACUGAUACGCUCUUGUUCGUUUCAAAGUCAACCUAAGCUUCCGUCAACUUUCCUUCCUCACUCACACUCACCAUUCUCCAAUCUGCACUUUCUUUACAAAAGCAGAGAAACCAUAGCGGUUUCUUCUAUAAGAAUCCAUUGCUUAAGCUUAAAUUCAGCAUUACCCCUCAAGAAUCAAGAUGCAUCAUUUGGCCAUUCUCUUUCAACAACACUAGUCACAAGAUCAUUCUAUUCACUCCCAAAUACCAGAUCUUUAUGUUUGCUUUGGAAUCCCAAUUCCAAUAACAAACUCUCUCUCUCUCUCUUCAACCAUUACGAGGUUUAACAAUUCGAAUUCUAGUUCUGAAUAUACAUCUGUUUUAAAUACUUCAAGGAGAGCUUUAAAAUCUUCAGAAUUUGCAAUUGCAAUUCCUUAAUCUUUCGUUCUUCUUUGUCUCUCUUCCAACUCUAAAAAUUACAAUUUUUUCCACACUUUUCCUUGCCCAAGCACAAGUUUUAAUCUUUUCUCACACCCUUGUUUGCCCUCCAAUUCUUGCCUCCAAUUCUUGCCUCCAACCCCACGAAACCAAAGUUUGGAUCUUUUCAGCACCCCUUUAAUCUUUUUCCUUCCAAGAAAACAGCCAAUGUGGGAUGUUUUCGUGGCUUGCAAGACUAGUUUCGUCGUGCUUGAGGCCUGUGAGGCGCUAUGCCCGCAUGAGCAAAGAUGGUGAUGAUGAUGAUGAUGGUGUUGAUGAGUCUACUUCAUCAGUUGAAGACUCUCUUCUGUGGCGUAGAGACCUUUUGAAACAUUCUUGUGGUGAAUUCUCCUUUGCUGUGGUUCAGGCCAAUGAAGUUAUUGAGGAUCAUAGUCAGGUCGAGAUUGGCUCUGACGCCAUCUUUGUUGGGGUUUAUGAUGGCCAUGGUGGUCCUGAAGCUUCACGGUUCGUCAGAGAUCACCUCUUCCAGCACCUAAUGAGGAUUGCUCAGGAUAAUGGAACUAUCUCUGAAGAAAUUCUCAGAGGUGCUGUUACUGCUACAGAGGAUGGGUUUAUGAAACUUGUUCAUAGGAGUUAUAUGAUAAAGCCUUUGAUUGCAUCAAUUGGUUCCUGUUGUCUGGUUGGUGUUAUCUGGAAAGGGACUCUAUAUAUCGCCAAUCUUGGAGACUCCCGUGCCGUUGUUGGUUCUUUAGGUAGAUCUAACAAGAUCAUUGCCGAGCAGCUGACUAGAGAGCACAAUGCUUGUAGGGAGGAGAUUAGACAAGAACUUAGGUCUUUGCAUCCACAAGAUUCACAAAUUGUAGUAAUGAAUCGUGGAACAUGGCGUGUCAAAGGCAUCAUCCAGGUAUCGAGAUCCAUAGGAGAUGCAUAUUUGAAGUGGCCGCAGUUCUCUCUCGAUCCAUCAUUCCCACGUUUCCACAUGCCUGAACCUAUAACCCAACCUGUGCUAACAGCAGAACCAUCUCUAUGUUCAAGAGUUUUGCAGCCCCAUGACAAAUUUCUUAUAUUUGCAUCUGAUGGACUUUGGGAAUACAUGACAAAUCAGCAAGCAGCCGAGAUUGUUCAGAAGAACCCACGAAAUGGGGUUGCAAGAAAACUUGUUAAGGCUGCUCUAAAGGAGGCAGCUAAUAAAAGGAAAAUGAAAUAUAAAGAGCUUCAGAAGAUUGAGAAAGGAAACAGAAGGAUUUUUCAUGAUGAUAUCACUGUGAUUGUUGUCUUCAUAGACCAUGAGUUGCUCGGGAAGAAAAUUACUGUGCCAGAGUUGUCCAUCAGAGGGUUCAUUGACUCGGCUGGACCGUCAAAUUUUAAAAGUGUCCAGGAGUUUAUGUGAUACAAGGAAUUAUUUUUUCUAGAACUAUAGCAAAUAAAGUUGGUUGGCUCUGCCUAAUUUUGGUUAAAAAGGAAAACAAGAAUCUAUAACAUUUCACUUGCACACAGCUUUGCAGCAUACUGUUAUUGUCUCUAUUUUGAGCAUUUCUUGGCAUCUAUCAAAGUUCUCCUAUUUUUAGCUAGUUUAGCUUCACUUUAAAAGUAUACUUUAUGUUUUAGAAACUCAUUUGCUGUUGAUAACUAAAAGGUGUAAUUGGAUUGGAAGGCUUUUUCUUUUUUUUGGUGGCAUAACUUGUAUGAUUUAAAGAGGUUGAGGAGUGGUUUAACUCCAAUCACUAAAAGUUGCGCGGAUCAGAGACUUUAUUCCCUUUU